GGUACGUGAACGCCGCUAAAGUUCGAAAAGUAUGGCGGCGGUUUGUUUGACAACACUAACGGAGCAAUGGAUACGUGACAGACUUCAGUUAAAACACCCGCUUCUUGGUGAUGUCCGGACGCUGAGCCUCCCGGGGACACAGGAGGAGAAAAUCAGACACCUUGGAAGCGCCCUGAACAACUUUAUCCGUCUGAAAUCUCUGGAUCUGUCAUACAAUGCUAUCGUCUCAGUGGAGGGCUUGCAGCACUUGAAGAUGCUGGAGAGGCUGAUCCUUUACUAUAACUGCAUACCGUCUGUGGAAAGAAUCCAAGUGCUGUUCGAGCUGCCAGUUCUAAGGGAGCUAGACCUCAGGCUUAACCCUUUGACUAAAACCUGCCCAAACUAUCGUCCACGUCUGGUGCACGCCAUGCCCAACCUGCGGAAACUUGAUAAUUGCCGGGUCAGAGACACCGAGCGCAAAGCUGCGAUCCUUCAGUUCUCCACUGAUCUUCCUUCUCUGCAUAACAGCAGCUUCUCUCUGAAUGUACCACCGGACCUGAGCGACGACAUUGUACUGAAUUUUGUCGAGACAAGUCCCAGAGACCAAGGGGAAACUGACUCUGUUCACAAGGGAGUGGAGGAGCCCAAAGGGGAAGAUUCAGAAGAUUUUAUGGUGCAGAGGAGUUCGACUCCAAAAAAGGAGUCGGCCAAGUCCAUCCUUCGGUAUCCCUCCACUAAAAAUUAUAUCGCCGAUUCCAAAGACACGCGGGUGAACGCGCUACCUCAUGAUAAAAGCUCUGCAUCGCCUAAAGGAGGCGAACGACCAAAAGUGUCCUUUGGCCCCAUUUUUGAGAAGCACAGGGCCCUGCCUGGAAAACCAAAGCAAAAGGACUCCUCCAGCCUGACCAGACACAAAGCCAAGGGCCAUUUUACCCCAAAUCCCGUUGCUGUCUUACUUACCACAUUUUUCUCAGCUCAAAGUGACCAGGGUGGCGCUUCAUUCAGUGACAUUCGCCCUCCUAGUCCACUGAAUCCCGGUCUGAAUCUCUCAGACCCCUUUAACCCCAUACUGCAUCCGACAAGGCUGACCUACUCGAGCUUCAACAAGACGGACGGGGGAUCCGACCCGCAGCUGCAAGCUGAAAAGAAAAAAAAGGGAGGCUACCGGAAACCCCUGGAGAUGCUGCUCAAUCUGGUGGACAAACACUGGAGGGGGGAGCGAUCGCUGCACCGUAACAACAGCUUCCUGUCUCAGGCGGUGCAGAUCCUCUCCAUGAUGGAGAGCGAUAUCUCCAGUCGGGAGGCCGAGGUCGGGGCCUUAAGGCAGGAGGUGAGCGCGCUUCGCUCUCAAGCACUCGCGCGGGAUGACGAGCACAGAGCUGAAGUCGGCAACCUCUCCGGCCAGUUGGGGGAAGCUCGCAGAGAGGCGGGCAAACUGAACGAGCAGCUGAGGAUCGUGUUGGAGGAGAACGUCUCCCUGCAGAAGCAGCUCAUCAAGUUAGAGCGUCAGUAUCUCAAGUCGAUGAUGAAAAGCUCCCCGGUCGCUCAGAUCCGAGAGGCUCAGACAGAAGUGGAGGAGCUGAGGAAAGAGAUCGAGGGCCUGAGGAAGAAAGUGCAAGAGGCCGAAAAAGUCCAAGAGCUGUCCGACAUGCUUCAAGAAAGCCACAGGUCCCUGGUGGCGACAAAUGAAUGUUUGCUUGCUGAGCUUCGGGCAAGCGGAGAACAUUAAAGCCAAAUCGCAACGGAGUCACGCACAUGAGGACUGAGCAUCAAAGCAGAAUUAUGCCACGCGCCACAUAAGCACACGGUCAGCGGCGUAUCCAUCUGCCUUCUACGCCGCCGAGGACCGAACGCAUCAGGACUGCAGCUGCACUGUGACUUGAUUUAUGUGUCUGCCUCAGGCCUGGAGAGCUGCUCACACACACACACACACACACACACUCCUCCUGCAAACCCUCAUACAAGACUUGGCCGAGCGUCUUAGAAACGAGCUGAAUGUGGCUUCUGCUUUUGUCUGAAUCUUACAGGUCACUGGGCCCCCCCCCCCCCUGACAAAGCCAUAAAACAGACGUCUCUUUUAAGCUUAUUUAUUUCCAAUAAUGCACUGUAAAUCAGGAACACACUUUGAGAAGCAUCGCGAACAAGAGAAACGGAACACCGCAUGCACCGGGGGCACGAUAGUACUUUUAAGAGAUAUUAGAAAAACACAAAAGCAAAUCGUUCGUUCACGUUAAAGUAUUUGGCGUUAAACACGGAGAGGAAAAAAAGAUACUCAAGCUAGCACCGAAAGCUGCGAGUUUCGCACUCGAUGCAUGAUUCUUCAUCAGCUGAGGCUACAGGUAGUGUGUUACACACAAUACUGUCAUCUUGGAAAAAUAUUCUACAAAAAACAUGAAAUUAUUGUAUGUUUUCCCUUUUGUCUGGUAGAGUAUGUAAGUAAACAUUAACACCCUGCGUUUGUCAGUUCGUUACUGCGCCUUAGAUGACAGUAGCUUACAUUAAAGGUACAGACACAUAGGGUAGCAUUAGAGGACAGCUUACUUUGUACAAGUACAAAUACAGAGUCAUUGCAGGCAAAUACAAGAUUUGAUCAUUAUGCCACAGUUUCAAUACUUAAUUUUAUUUUUUUUAUUUAUUUCUCUCUUCUUUUUUUUUACCAAUAAAAUACUUAGUUCUGACCAGUAGUCUGUAAUCACAUCAGGCACAGCAGUUUAGGAAAGAAAAGAAACAACCUCUGUCAUCUAUAUGCUUCUGAAUCAAAUGCAAUAUAUAUAUAUAUAUAUAAAACAUGCACAAAGUACAGCAAUACAGAAAAAACUAAAUACAUAAAAGUCAGUGUCUUAAAUUAGGCUAAUCGGCAGAAAGUGUGCAGAAUAUAUACACAACCUUAAAGCAAUAUAUUAGAACUACUGUGUAUAAAUCUGACGAGGAGAUAAGAAAAUUAAGACGAAGAUACAAUCUUGCACAACUGAGCUUAGUAGGUGGGGGAAGAUGGUCCUCUUAAAAUGCAUGUUGGUUUUUGCAUAAUUAAAUACCGAAAGAUCAAAACAAUGACUGUUAUAUGUAUGAUUAUGUUUAAAAAUAAAUUAUUAAGGGCAAUUUUAUCAUGUUUUACAUCUUGUGUAGAAGCAAAGUUGUGCUGGAGAUUUUAUUGCAAGGUGACGCCACCAAUAUACUUCCUUGUUGUUAGCUGCAGACUAAUUAUAAAAAGUACGGAAGCCCAGAAAGGCCAGAUAGAAAAUGUGAAAAAAAGUGAAGAUUCUGAAUUUAAUGUUGGUGUAGAAAGCAAAGCACCCCCCUCCCCUCAUGUUCAUUGUCCCUCAUUGCCACAUUAAAGAUGUGCCAAACAAAUAUAUUAAUCUUUUAUCAAAAGAGCAUAAUCUGAAACUUGGAGAUGUUUUUCUACCUCCAUUACUAUGCAUGUUUUAUAAGAUGGGAAAAUAAGCUGGGGUCCUAAUAAGUUAAGUGAAGGGCCAACUUUGUUUAUCCAGGUUCCAGUUUUAACCUUUUUUUAUUAUAGCUCAGAUUGUAGGUAAGUUUAGUUAAGUAACCAUUUCUUUCCUUAAUAAUAAAGAUCGACAAACAUCUGCCUUACUUCAUAGGUAUGUUCUUUUGUCUUUACUAUUUUGAAGAGGUCAGGAGACUUAGGAAAGAAGGAAUGGAUGAUCAAUUAGGUUUCUGAGCACUCAGACCAACGCAAAAAGUAAGGCAUAUAAAACUUGUGAAUUUCUUCAAUGUGAGAUCAAUAAAGCCUAUCUUAUCUUAAUUCAGACGCAUUUACUUCUUUUUUAGGAAUAUAUUUGGGGUACCUGUGGUGGUUAUUGCAUAAAUGGCACCCUCGGUGAGCCCCUUUUUUCUUGUGCCCCCAAACCAAUCAAGAUGUGGGAAGUCAAUGGGAGUCUGGGGUGGGAUUUCAAGCAGCAAAGUUUCCACACAGAGUGCAUAAUCUAUUCAACUCCCCCUAAACCACAUGCACAAAAGCUACAGAACGCUUAUUCAGGAAGCAAAGAAGUUAUUUAUUUUUUGUCUGGUUCUCACCCGUCUUAACUAAUGCCGCUCUGGGCAUCCAUCUGCCCCUAUGGUCUGAAUCAAAAACAGACCAUAGGGGUAAGUAAGUAUUGUUUUUUUCUUCCAAUCACUAUAUUCUAUCUUUUUUUUUUUUAUGUGAGAUUAUACUCCUCCAAAGAAAAUAUGAAUUUAUUUGAGGACUUUGUAGAUUAAGGGACAAGAAAAAUCACACCCUACCAUAUUUUUCUAAAAACAAAAUAAGUCAGCCACACGUUUCUUAUAUUUGAUCAGCUUUAGGGGCUUCCGUACAUAUAAAUAAUUGGUUUAAAAGGUUCCCUUAACACAGCAGUUGACAAGUGCAGGUAAGUGGGGAAAAAAAACACCAAAGAUGAAACGAGGGCUAAAAGUUCUCAAAACAAACAUCAAUAUACCUGUGUUAAACAAAUAAGUGUGCCAGUCGUCUUUAAAGCGACAUCUUUCUUUCACCUAACAGGGUAGCAGAAUAUUUAUAAUAAAAAAAAAA